AGUAGCUGGAUCCAACCCCUGGAGUUUAUGCCCAGGUUGAGUGCAUAUGGAAUUGUGUGACCCCCCAAUCUGCCAGACUGUUACAGGGGUUGAUGGGAAUUGUAGUCCAGUGACGCCUGGAAGAUCACACAGGAUUGUACACCUCUGCUUGCGCAAAAUGGACCAGAAAUUGGUGAUCCUGAAGCAGAUCCCAGUGGAGCAAAUGACCAAGGACGAGCGUCUGGCUGCACAGAACGAGUGCCAAGUGCUGAAACUGCUCCACCACCCCCACGUCAUCGAGUAUUAUGAGAACUUUCUGGAAGACAAAGCGCUCAUGAUCGCCAUGGAGUAUGCCCCAGGUGGUACGUUGGCCGAGUUCAUCCACAAACGUGGCAGCUCCCUCCUGGAUGAGGAGACCAUCCUCCACUUUUUCGUGCAGAUCCUGCUGGCCCUGCACCACGUCCACGCUAAGCAGAUCCUGCACCGGGACCUCAAGACCCAGAACAUCCUCCUGGACAAGCACCACAUGAUUGUCAAGAUCGGUGACUUUGGCAUCUCCAAGAUCCUCAGCAGCAAGAGCAAGGCCUACACGGUGGUGGGCAGCCCGUGUUACAUCUCUCCGGAGCUGUGUGAAGGCAAGCCUUACAACCAGAAGAGUGACAUCUGGGCCCUGGGCUGUGUGCUGUACGAACUUGCCAGUCUGAAGAGGGCUUUCGAGGCCGCGAACCUGCCAGCCUUGGUGCUGAAGAUCAUGAGUGGGACGUUUGCCCCCAUCUCGGACCGCUACAGCCCCGAGCUGCGGCAGCUGAUCCUCAACCUGCUCAACCUGGACCCCUCCAAGCGGCCCCAGCUGAAUGAGAUCAUGGCAGAAGCCAUCUGCGUCCGCCCCCUCUUAAACCUCUACACCGACGUGGGCAGCGUCCGGAUGAGGAGACCCGAGAAGCCGCUAGCUGCAAUGCCGCCAGUGGCCCACGGCAGGGUUGGAGGGGGAGCUGUUGGCCCUGGAGCCAGAGGUGCCCGAGCCGGCUCAGCGAGGCCUGGCAUCCCUCCUGCCCCGUCUUCUGUCUACACCUGGGGGGGCGGGAUCACCACCCCUCUCCGCCUGCCCAUGCUGAACACGGAGGUGGUGCAAGUCUCCACUGGAAGGACCCAGAAGGCGGGUGUGACCAAAUCUGGGCGGCUGAUCAUGUGGGAGCCGCCCCCACUUGGCACGGCCGGGGGGCCCUCGCUUCCCGGGGCUACUGAGCAGCUGCAGCCCCAGUUUGUGUGUCGAUUCCUGGAGGGCCAGUCUGGGGUGACCAUCAAACAUGUGGCCUGCGGGGACCUUUUCACCUCUUGCUUGACAGACAGAGGGAUCGUCCUUACCUUUGGCAGCGGCGGCAGCGGCUGCCUGGGGCACGAGACGUUCACAGAUGUCAGCCAGCCUAAGAUUGUGGAGGCCUUGCUGGGCUAUGAGAUCACACAGGUGGCCUGCGGUGCAUCGCACGUCCUGGCUGUUUCCAACGAAGGGGAGGUCUUUGCCUGGGGCCGUGGGGACAACGGGCGCCUGGGGCUGGGGACGCAGGAGUCCCACAGUUCCCCGCAGCAGGUUCCUGUCCCCCCCGACCAUGAGGCGCAGAAGGUCCUCUGCGGCAUCGAUUCCUCCAUGAUCCUGACGGCGAGGAACCAGAUUCUGGCCUGCGGGAGCAACAGGUAUAACAAGCUGGGUCUGGACAGGAUCUCAUCCCAGGGGGAGCCUCUCGCUGUAGAGCAGGUGGAGGAAGCCCUUGUUUUCACCUGCGCCCGCUCAGCCCCCUUGAGUGAAGAGGCCAUAGUGUGGGCCGACAUUGGAACAGCCCAUUCGGCGGCCGUCACAGCCUUGGGCCGGUGCUACACGACUGGCAGCAACCAGCACGGUCAGCUGGGCCCCAUCCCCUGCCGGGCCAGCCGCGUGCCAUACCUGGUCGAGGGCCUCCAGGCCAUGAGAGUCACCAUGGUGGGCUGCGGCGAUGCCUUCACUGUUGUCGUGGGAGCAGAUGGCGAGGUGUGCACCUGGGGGAAAAGCGCCCGGGGCCGCCUUGGGCGGAAGGAUGAAGAGCCCCGGAGCCCUCGGCCCGUCCACCUGGAAGAGACCCACCCCAGCCUGGUAGCCGCCGUCUCCUGCUGCCACGGAAACACCCUGCUGGCCAUGAAGCCUGCGGUGGAGGAACCCGGUCCUCACUGAGAGGACGCCUGAGGCCCGAGGGCUGCGACGAUCCCUCCUUGCGGGUGCCUCUUCCAGGCCUUUCCCUCCAUCCCGCGCCAUGCCCUCUUCUUGCUCGGGCUGUUUGGGACGUAGGACACGGAGUGCCUGACCCUGCCGGGGGCAAAUCCAAGCCAAGAGCCCAGUGCCGCCCACAGCCUCCAGAUAGCUGGUGAGGACCAACCGGCGCCGUGUUUUUCAGUCUUCUCCCCCGUCGGAUGUGAAGCUGGCAGAGCCUUGUCCCGUGAAAAUGCAAGGGAGCUUGGCUUGGGGGGGGCAGCCAGCCCCAGGACAGAGCAGUGCAUGCUGGGAAGCAGUGCCCUCUGGCAGAGCCCUCUCUCUGUAACGGAGCCACCUCUCUCCUCCUCCUCCUCUUGAGCGUGACUUGGCUGGGGGGCAAGGAAGGGGGAGCCAGCGGGCCCUGGGUUUAUUUUCGCUGCUCUCUUGAGCUGACUCAGACUGUGCCGCGUGGGAUCUCGCACGCCCCAGCGGAGGGAGCUGAAUGCCUCUUGUUGCAGCUCCAGGCGCUACCAGGAGUGAUUCAGCGCCACACUUGUCACAGGCACUGCAAGCCUCUCUCUCCCCCCCCCCCCCCCGCAUCUCCCUUUCCCCAAGAUCUGACCCUGACUCAUGUGGUUGCAAACUGCCUGGGGUGAGGGGCCUGGAGACUCAAGUCCUCUUGGGGAAGCUUGAAGAAGCUGGGAAUGUUUAGCCUGGAGAUGAGGAGAUUAAAACGGCGACAUGAGAGCCGUCCUCAAAUAUUUGAAGGGCCCCGUAGAUGGCAGGGCAAAAAUGGUUUCCUGCUGCUGCAGAGCAAGGGUGGGAAAGCUUUUCUCAGGCCGAGGGCCACGUCCCUUCCUGGGCAGCUUUCCUUGGGCCGGGUGCCAGUGGCGGGCAGGGCAGCAGGAGCACCAAAUGUGGAUGUUUAUCUGUGUCCAGGAGGCUGGUUCCUACACACACACUCGUGCAUCUCUCUCUCGCUCUCUCCCCUCCAUCCAUCCAGGCAGGCAGGCGGAAUUAUCAGGGUUCAGAGACACGUUCGAAGCCAGGCAAAAAUAUUUGGGGUGGGAAACAGGGCCGGGAAGGGACGUGGCAUGGGGACAGUCCCAAGGGGUAGAUGGAGGCGCACGGCCCCUGAGAUUCUCCAUCUCUGCUGGACACAACCCGAGCCGACACCUCAAAUGGAAAGGAAGGAGUUUUCAAGUCAUCUCUCGGAUUGUAUGAGCUCUCGGACUGCAGGAGGUGGCGGGCUGUCCUUUGUGAAAGGUGUUUGAGCAGAGACUGGAAGGCCACCUCGCAGGGAUGCUGGAAGAGAGAGAGAGAGAGUGCUAGAAGAUCUUUGAGUUCCCUUAAGAAGAGCCUGCUGGGUCAGGCCAAAGCUGGCCUAUGUAGUCUGGCAUCCUGUCCUCACAGCAACCAACCAGAUGCCCUGAAGGGAUGCCUGCAAGCAGGACCUGAGCACAGGAGCACUCUCUCCCCCACCUUGCGGUAUUUGGAAGCAUAACACCUCCGACUGGAGGCAGCCACCGUGGCUAGUAGCCAUUCAGAGCCUGACCCUCCAUGGAUUUCCCUAAUCCUCUUUUCAAGCUCUCCAAGGUGGUGGUCAUCACUGCAGAUUCCAUAGCUGAACUAUGCGGUGUGUGAAGAAAAAGCCCUUUUGUCUGUCCUGAAUCUUCUGACAUUCAGCUUCCUUGGAUGUCCCCGAGUUACAGUGUUACAAGAGAGGGAGACAAACCUCUCUGUCCACUUUCUCCAUGCCAUGUAUAAUUUUAUACACUUCACUUCUAUCACGUCACCCCUGAUCCGCCUUUCCCCUGAACUAAACAGCCCCAAACGUAGCAACCUUUCCUCAUAGGGGAGUCGCUCCAUCCCCUUGAUCAUUUUGGCUGCCCUUUCCUGACCUUUUCCAGCUCUACAAUAUCCUUUUUGAGGUGAGGCGACCAGAACUGUACACGGCAUUCCAACUGCGAUCGCACCACAGAUUUGCACAAUCAGCAGGUUUACUUUCAGCAUCUUUCCUAAUGAUCCCUAGCAUGGAGUUUGCCUUUUUCACAGCUGCUGCAUGCAGGGUUGGCAUCUUCUUUGAGCUCUCCACUAAGACUCCAAGGUCUCAUGCCUGGUCAGUCACUGCCAGUUCAGACCCCAGGAGCAUAUAUGUGAAAUUAAGAUUUUUGGCCCCGACGUGCAUCGCUUCGCGGUUGCUCACCUUUGCCUUUUUGCCGCCCGUUUACUCAAAUUGGAGAGGCCUUCACGGUCUCUCUUUGUUUUGAUGACCCUGAACAAUUCAGUAUCCUCAGCAAACUUGGCCACCUCACUGCCCGCCCCUAACUCUAGCUCAUGUAUGAACAAAUUAAAAAGCACAGGAGGUCCCAGUCCUGAUCCUUGGAGGACUCCCAUUUUCUGCAGCCCUCCAUUGGGAGAACUGUCCGUAAUCUGCCCGAGCCCACAGCUGGCAGCCACAAGAGGGAGACCGCUUUGGGCCUCUUGGGGACUUUUCCUUUUUCUCUCCCAAGUGGCUUCGGGUCUAGCAGGUCUCCAGGCAUGGAUCCUGAAACUCUGCAUUGGCCACCUAUCGCUCCCUGCCCUGUGAGCACAGACCCCCCAUGCCAAAUCCCUACCCAAAUAAUGCUUCUCUGCCCUUGGCCCCAUGCAGAGGUCAGCGGUCUGUGGGUUGAGUGGGGAGAUGGCCAUUUCAGCUCUCGGGAGAAGGGGAGAGGCAAAGGUCAGAGUACAGGAGAGCUCAAAGGCCGACGUUUGCGUCAUUCAAAGCGCUGUGUGUGUUUUUAAGAGCGUUUGGGGCUGUUUUAAAUACCUCGCCUUGACUAGAGAAAUGUUACCCACAUGGCUGUGCACCUGUUUGUUUGAGUUUUCCAUUUAUUGAACAAAAGGAAUUUCUGCCUUGGGCAUGCACGCUUUGCAAAUGGGAGAGGCCCAGGGAAUUGCUUGUAACUGCCGUUGCUCAGCCUGUGGAGUAGCCUUCGCCAGCCUGGUGAGGCCCUCCAGAGGUAUGGGGCAGUUACCAUGUUGGCUGGCGCCGAUGGGAGUUGUAGUCCGAAACACCUGGAGGGCCCCGGGUUGGCAAAGGCUGCUGUGGACCAUAGCUCAUUAGCAGAGCCCCCGCUUUGCAUGCAGAGGCUCCCACAUUAGAAAGGGUUCCGGUAGCCGAUUAUGGGGAAAGCGGUCAUCUGCCGAAAUCCCUGGAGAGCGGCUUCCAGUCCGUGUAGGCAGAACUUGGCUAGAUGGGCUAAGGCAGCUUCUUUCGUGGCAACAAAUUCUCCCACGAGGUGUGAACUAUCUGUCUGUGUGCUCCUGUCCUUGGUUCGCCUGCCUCUUUGUGGGGACGUUGAGAAUCCAGUUAGGCUGAGCUGAAGUAAACGUGGUUGUUUUGGUUUUAUGGACCCCCACCUUGGUAGUGUUCUUCCUGAAGGAGGAGAUGAUGUGAAAGGGGUUCAGGAGCAUGAAGAUGACCAGGGAAGACAGAAUUCUGGAGCUGAGUCGUUCAUGCGUUCCGGACGCACUCGGCUUGUGCCCACCUCUCUUUGUUGCCACACCUUUCUGUGAUAUCUUCCCGGUUUCCACUUGGGAAUACAGGAAAGGAACCACUGCACAAGGGGGAGAAGGUGUGGGGCCUGGCCUUUUGCCUCCUUGCCGUGUUCGCCAUGCGAUGUGAUCCGAGGGCUCCUGGCUAUUCUGUCUCUGUGAGACAUCCCACUCCCCUCACCCCUUUCUUGGCGUUCCAUUUUUCUGUUUCUGUUGGGACUCAGCCACCUGAGUUUACUGUUAGAAAGAGUGGCGGCUGACAUUUGACUGCAAGUCGAUGGCUGACGUGCAAUACUAUUUAUUAUUUUUUUGUCUCGUUCAAUCAUGGUACACAUUAGACUGAACAGCUUUGCCUGCCAGAAUGAAAACCACUGAGACCUCCUCACAGCAAAGUCUCCGCUGCUCCUUGAAUAGCUGUCUUAAAAACAACUUCCAGGAUGAAAAUAGAAACAAGAAAUAAAACUUAAAAGUUCUCAUCCAGAAAUGUAUAAAAAGAACAAAUCCUACCCACCCACAUUUGAAGAGUGAGCACAAAAAGAGGCCGCUGAUGUAACCAGUUAGCCUCCAAAUGAAGGACAACAGACGUGUCUCAAUAAGGAUAUUUUUGUCCAGGACCUCAAAGCAGGCAAUGAUGGCGCCAAGCGUGCUUCCUCUGGGGAGAGCAUUCCUUAAACGGGGGCCACCACUGAAAAGUCUCCGUUCUUAUGUCACCAUCCUCCAUACCUCGUGGAACCCAAGGCAGCGUACAAGGUGUUCCCAGGUGGUCAACAAUCUAGGCAUUGAUGAAGCCUAGUGCCCCUUUGCCUCCUGCACCUUCAGACCAAACCCUGAGACUCUUGUGUUUUUGCUUUAAUAUCUCUGGGCUGUGCAAUGCACGUUUAUCUCCCCUUAGCAGACGCCAGUCUUCAUCUUCUCAGCCUGCCUAAGGCAUCUGACUGAGCGCUUUGACCAGGCCCAGUAUGGGCAUUCUUCUGUACCCUAUCUAUGGUGUACAGAGGUCAGGGGCCACUGACUAAAUUUCACAGUCGGUUGUUGUCACUUAAGCCAGCAAACCUGCCUAGAGGGAAGUCACAAAGGGAUCUGGAAGAAAGAGAGCUGUUUGAUCUACAAGUUGGGACAUAUCCUGGAUGCCUGAGGCAAGGCACCACCUCCCCCUUUUUACACACACAGAUUCUUUGUCUCCCCUGCUACCAGGGAAACCCAGCAAGCUUCGGGUUGCUGCUUCGGGUGCUCAGUGCAGGGCAGAGCACUGUUCAACUUCGUAAAGGAGCUGCAAUGGAGGGAGCUAGAGGCUCACGGGCUGCCAUAUCUGAAAGCGAUGCAUUGUGCACAUGAGAUCAGAAGCCUUUUCCCAUUGCCCAGCUUCCAUCUUGCCCCACAAGGCCUCGGGGCUGUGCCGGGAGGGAGACUGAGCUGCAGAGGCAAGGCCUGUGUUGUGGGCGUCCACAUUCCUGAAGCGCUGGUGCAGUGGCAUUGUGCUCUUUGCAAUCCCAAGACCCACAGCUGCAGUCAGACUUCAUUAUUCAAGCACCCGUUUGGCUUCAUAUGCAUUGCUUUAUAGGAAUUCCCCAUCACCACCAAAUCUGAAAUAUCGGUGACGUGCCGUCUCUCUGCCCCACUUCCCAUUCUUCUCCUCCCCUGGGGAGUGACAAGAGAGCCAAGAGCCCUCCACUGAGAGCACGACAGUGACACAGCAGCAGACAGAUAACGGAGAUUUUGCUGCGCAGGGUGACGUUGGCCAAGCCGUCGGGAGAAGGGGGUGGUGGCUGGGGCUUUGACCAUGAGUGAGGCAACGCUGAUCUCUCUGCGUGAUGGACUUGUGGAGCUAGGAGGAAAAGGUCAAGGGACUUUGGACAAGCAGAUCCCGCCCCCCCGCCGAUAAGAGGUACAAGGCUUUGACAAAUUCACCGAGGCUAAUGAUGGCUGUUAGCCAUGAUGGCUCUGUUCCCCCUGCGCUGUCGGAGUCAGUAAAGCCUCUGAAUCCCGGUUGCUGGGAAUCUCAGGUGGGCAGAGUUGCUCUGCACUCAGGGCCUGCUUGCGGGCUUCCCUUUGGGGUAUCUGGUGGGCCACUGUGGGAACAGGAGGCUGGACUAGGAUGGGGUCCUUCUGGCCUGAUCCAGCUGCCGAAGGGCUCUGGUGUUCUUAAGCCUUUCUGGACUGAGGCUGUUGCAUUCAGGGCACUUCAUUUGACCUUUAGAGGCUGAAGCUGCCAUGUUUGACUGUCACCCUGUUGAUGCAGACCGCUGCCCAGUGGCUGAGUACUUGCUUUGCGCACGGAGGAGCCCAGGAAGAAGUAUCUCCAGUUGAAAGGCUGCUAGCUGCGAAAGGCCUUUCUCUGCCUUAGACCCUGGGAAGCAGCUGCCGGUCAGAGGAGACAGCACUGGGCUAGACAGACAGCGGCUGCAUACACACCAUGCAUUUAUAGCACACACCUCCAUCUUCAAGAAUCCUGGGAACUGUAGUUUAUCCCUCACAGAGCUACAAUCCCCAGCAUCCUUAGCAAACUACAGAUUCUUUGGGGAAAGCCACAUGCUUGAAAUGCCUGGUGCGAAGGCAGUUUCCUAUGUCGGAAUAAGGAAAAUCCAUCCGUGCUUCAAGUCUUCUAGUAGGAUGGUCUGCAGACGCCCGGCAAGGCCUCACUUUUGCUUUUGAAGCUGCCGUUUGAGCUGGGGAAAAAGUGAGGAGCCUUGGAGAUCUUUGGGAGACCUUUGUUUGAGCCCAAAGAAAUUGGACGUUCAAAACAGCCUUUUCUCCUUAAUGAGCCUCUGCAGCGUGGUGUGACAACAGCAAUACCUUUUUCUGGGGUUGCCCCAUUUUGACAGUAGCGGCAUCAGAAAACAAUUUUGUUUUCAGUAGGGCAGGGACAGAAGCAGCAAACUGCCUUUCUGCCAAGCGGCAAGCUCUGUACCAGACAUUUGCUUCUCGAAAGAGACACCGGUGUAUAUUUUACGUCACUGUUGCAACCCCAAGCACAUUUCUUCGGAAUUCCGCUCUCCGUUAGGUGUUUAGAUGGACUUUCAAGUAAGCACAGAGCUGCAGACUUGCUUGAAUUUUCCAGUUUCUAAGCUUCCCAUGUUGUGAAUG